GUGUGUGGCAAUGUAAAUCAUGUAAAUUGUGCGUAUUUAAAAGUAUUUCUUUGCUUCGUUUUGAGAAAGCAACUCAACUUGUGUGGAUUCAACUUAAGUAUGUAAUCUGCACACUUUGACAAAUGACUGGAAUAAAGAUCUCACAGAACCUAGGGCUUAUAUGCUCAUUUUUAUGGUUCCUACCUCUUGUAGCAGCUUUCCAAACUGACCCCAGGGAUUGGCCUACCUUGACAGCAGUGUCAGUAGUGGUGUCUGCUGUAAUUAUCUUGGUGCUUAUUGUCGUUCUUAUCCAGUGUGGAGGUUGCGUAGGAAUGGAAGUGUCUUCCGAAUCUCAUCCCGCUGCCGGCACCAACAAAGGACAGCACUACCCCUCCUCAGUCGUCACAGACGCAAACACCCAAGUUCUAAUGUCUUCCCAUACUCUCCCAGGAGAUGACCCGUAUCAACCAAAUAAUGGGGGACAAGGCUUGCCAUAUUCACUUAACCCCACUGUUCCCAGUGCCCCAGGAUUUACUGGUUAUCAAAGCACACCUACUGCACAGCCUGCCCCAGGAUGGGGACAAGGAGGGGGGCCAGGACAGGGUUAUCAGUCCCCUGGCCCUGGAGCACACCGCCCAGCAAUGGGAAGUGAACCCCCUCCCCCAUCAUACAAUGACAGUGUCCGGGGUAGUGAUGCUUUGUGGUGAAUUUAUUUCUUCAUUCUAGAAUUUGCAAAUUUCAUUUUGUUCUUGUAGACUUAAGUAUUACAUUAACCGAUGUAUGGAUUUCAGCAUGCAUUAAAUUGUUCUUAACAUGCUGGGCAUUAAAAUGUACCUGUUUCUAUAUCAUCAUUGGCUUGUGGUAAACCAUUUUGUAAUGAACCAACUACGCUUGAAACUUUAACAUCAUCGGCUUUCGUUAUGAAAAAUACUGUUAAAGUACUUUUUCUGUGUGGAAUUUAUUUAAAUGCUAUGUACAUAUUGACCAAUUUUCAGUAGUAAUUUGUCCCAGCAUACUUCAAGUACAUCCUAGGCAUAUAGUGGCAAUCUAUAAGAAAUCAGAGCAAUUUUCUAUCUGUGGAUUGAACAAAAAUUAAUAUGUUUUCUGAGAAUUACUAGCAUGACUAGAAUGACCCCCAUGGGAAAAAAGUAUGUUUUCAGUAAGUGAAAAUACUGAUCAAGGUAGUAGAGUACAUAUAUAUUUCUGAGAUUGAUGCAUCUUUCAGAGGGGGUGUUAAACAUUUUCCAGUUUGAUUUGAACAUAUUUUAUUGUAAUUUACUAUUACAAAGGGAUUGGGUACACAUUUUAAAACUUAUUACGCCCUCUCCUUUCCGAUUGUAAUAUGUAUGUCUGCCUAUGGCUUUAAAAUUAAGAAGGCAAGAUGUGCUUAUAAAGUACAGAUAUAAAGGACUUUAUUAGGGUAUCUGACCCGUUUCAAAAUAACAUGCGCUGCUAUCUGUGAUAUUAUCUUUGUAAUAUUUAACCAUUGUUUACAUGUGUGAGUUUUUGAUUGAUCUGUGACCGAAAUAAAAUAUGUACUAGUUAUUACUGACAUAACAUUUAUGUGUAAUGCAUAAUGUGUAAUGCAUAAUGUAUGUUAUUGUUUUUAUAUCCUUUCCUUGGUUGUUUAUCUAAAUAAUACUUAUAGGCUAGAAAUUUUGUAUGUGAUUAAUUUUACAAGUUGUGACAUUUUACCUACCAUUUACAAAAUAAAUUCAAAUGUACCAGGAUUGAUUAAUAAAGUUUUAAAUUAAGAA